AAGAAGAAGAAGAAGAAGAAGAAGAAGAAGAGGGACAACGGAACAGUUAGACCCACACAACCUGGGUUGCUUGGGUCUGGUCGUAGUCAGAAAAGGAAUGCAGGAUAGUUUUUGUUCAUAUGUAAGACCGAUGGGAGUUUGAGGACGGAUGCAGCGGUGAUAUCCACUCCUUACGUCAGGUGGAAGCGGUGCUUUUCAGCCGGUUAGCUAGAGCUGGCUGACGGGGGUAAGCUGCGUGGAAAGCGCUGGCAACAACAGGAAGCUUUAACCAACACGAACAGACAAAGGAAAAGGGAUAGAAGUUUCCUACAAGUUGAAAUUAUAUCUGGUAUUACUGCGAAGGGGCAGCUCUGUCGUAAUAAGUUAGCAGUUAGUGACAGCUGUAAGGGUAGCUUUAGCUUAACAUAAGAAUAAAACACAAUGAGCACCGAGGAAACCGCAUCGUCCAGUAAAACCGCCCCAGAGGAUGAUGGUAUGACGUGGUGGUACCGAUGGCUCUGCAAAAUAGCCGGUGUUGCGGGAGGAAUAUCCUGUGCCAUUGCAGGAGUGUGGAACUGUGUCACAGUCAAUCCUUUAAACAUUGCAGCUGGAGUGUGGAUGGUGUUGAAUGCCUUCGUGCUCUUCCUGUGUGAAGCCCCGUUCUGUUGCCAGUUCAUAGAGUUUGCUAAUUCCGUGGCAGCCCGUGCAGACAAACUCAGAUCCUGGCAGAAAGCCCUCUUCUACUGUGGGAUGGCCCUGUUUCCUAUAUUCUUGAGUUUCUCCUUUACAACCUUGUUUGGAAAUGCCAUCACCUUCGCUACGGGGGUUCUGUACGGCCUUGCAUCAUUAGGCAAAAAGGGAGGUGCAGUGACUUAUGCCAGACUGCAGCAUCAGAAACAGGGGGAUGAAGAGAGGAUGACAGGAACGACAAGCGGGGCUCCAGAGUGAGGCAUCCGCCUCGAGGUUGGACUCAGUCCAUUACUUGGUACCUGGUGUGUAAAUGAGAUUUCUCACUGACUUGAUACAUUUUGAAUCAAAGUUUUGUUUUUAAGGUUUUCAUUCUCCUUAUGGGCUCUUUUUAUUAUUUGUUUCCCUUUAUGGUAUAUUGCUGCUGUCAGAUGACCAGUCCAACCUAUUUUUGCAGGAAAAAUAUGAGGUUGAACCUUGAGAGCAUUUCAGGAAAUACAAUUGUAAAAUGUACAUACUAUUAUUUAUUCUGAUUUUGGGGCUGUGAUUCGGAGUUGUCUGUCUUCAUGAGUCCAGUGGGUUAAGAUCAAAUUAUACAUGAUAAUUUCACUUUUAUUUUCUUAUCACUACAGUGUUUAGAGAGGUGGAGUUUGCAGCAACAGGAACAUCUGCAUUUACUUUGAAUAACCUGUCUCGAGUAGUAAAUGUAUGUGAAAUACUUUCACAUAGAUUUUCUUUCAAAGUGUGAACGUUUUGUGGUUUUCAUGGUUGGAACUAUUGUACAGGACCCAUGUUUAGUCCCUGGUUCUGGUGAUUGAAACACAGGUCUAGACCCUGUGUGGCUCUAAAGGCUCUUUGUCUCCUGGGGAUGUUCCUGCAGUGGAAACAUCCUAAUACGAGAGAGAAUCUGUUCAUCUCAUCAUAAAAGUCAAAUGAGGAAACAGUGAAGACUGGCACUAGAAAAGUUGUUUUCCAUUUAUGAUUCAGGUCUUUUCAAACCUAGGAUCAUGCAGAUUAAACAAACAGGAUUUAUAAACUAUAAUACCUCAGUUUCAUUGAUCAGCUAUAGUUGAGAAGAAGUGGACUUGAUUACUAGUUUUGUCCUGAUGUUUCAAUCAUACAGGCCGAUGAUUACAACACAGAUCUGUAAAUAUCAGACCUUAAGUGUCCCUGUAUUUUCUAAUCAAAUCUGACCUGAAUGCAUGUAUAAAUACACCCAGGCAUUGGGGAAUGUGUCUGGUUUACCCAAAGACAGGGAUAUCUUUUGUUAUAUGCCUUCAUAUAUUCCUUUACUCAGCUGGUUUCAAGCUCAGAUGAUGCAUUCAUGCACCUAAAAUUUGGUAGCAUGAAUAAAAGGGCAAUUUUAUAAAAAGCUUUCAGUGCAUGUGUCAGCUUGUUUACCUAUGGAUUCUUUUUUCCAGUAGCCAGGCUGUGGCUACAGACAUUAUGUAAUGAAAACCCAGAUAGCGAUGCUUAUUUAAUUCACUCCUCUUUUUAAAAUAUUAUUUUGUCUUUUAAAAUCUGUUGAAUAUCUGCUGUGUUUUUCAUGGGUCUUAAUGAGUACAUUGCUUUACCAAACCCAUUAGAUUUUAACGAGGUCAAGUGUCUUAAUUCAGGGACUAAUUGGUUUGUAUCCCACAUAGUCAUCAGAGCCAUGGUUUGCCUUUGUCACUCACAUGAGGUUUGCAGUGGUCAGCAGUCUACUUUGUGUUUGUCAUUUAGUUGCCUUGCCUCUGUUAUGUCAUUGGUAACAAGGAUGCUGUGGGAGUGUGCGUUUACACAUCACUCUUACAGCUGUUUGUCUUACUGGCUGGUCAGUAACUGCGUGGAUCAGCUCUCAGGUAUCACACUUAAUGCACAGCCAACCAGUACGGUUUAUACUGUAGUUUAUGUAAAGAUCCUAAAUGUAUGGCAACUAGCAUAAGCAUGACUGUGAAAUUGCCGUCUCAUCUGAGCCACUGGAAAAGCAUUUAAACACUGAAAGCAUGCACAAGCAGUACUCACACUGGUUACACACAACACCAGCGAUAUGCUACAGUCAGACACUACAGUUUUAAGGCUCGCUGAGGCUGCAAGGAGAAAGAAAAACCUUUUUGUUUCCACAGCCAUCCAGUUUUAAUUUUAUUGCAGCUAGAGGUUUUACAUCUGCAGUUGUUGAGUCUGUCUUUUGCUGUGAGGGACAUGUGUUUGUAUAUAUGUAUGUUGUGAUGUGCAUCCUGGUCCUGUUACAAAUUAGCGAAUUAAACUUGCUACUACCA